AUGACGCCCGUCAGCGCGGCUCAUUUUUCCCACGCAGCUCCGAGGCGCAUCACGUCGCAGCGGAUCUUUUCCUUCUUGAUCACCUGACGCCGCGCAGCAGAGACAUGCACCUGUCCCGGACCGCGCUGUGCCUCAGCCUGCUGGCUGUUCUGGGUCCUGCGGUUCUGAGCGAGCCGGACCCGCAGCCGGCCGCCGCCACCAGCCCCACGGACACGGAGUGCCUCACCUGCGAGGUGCGGCAGCACAUCAAGAACAUGCGCAUCAACGCCAUCAAGACGCAGAUUCUGAGCAAACUGCGCAUGAAGGAGGCGCCCAACAUCAGCCGGGACGCGGUGCAGCAGCUGCUGCCCAAGGCGCCGCCGCUGCAGCAGCUGCUGGACCAGUAUGACGUGCUGGGAGACGACAGCCGGGAUCCGGUACCGGAGGAGGACGACGAGCACGCGACCACCGAGACUCUGAUGAUCAUGGCCACUGAACUCGACCCGGCGGUCCAGGAUGACGGAGAACCGACGUGCUGCUUCUUCUCCUUCACGCAGAAGCUGCAGGCCACGCGGAUCGUGCGCGCGCAGCUGUGGGUGCACAUGCGCCCCUCGGCCGAGGCGACCACCGUGUUCCUGCAGAUCUCCCGCCUCAUGCCGGCCACGGACGGCGGCAGGAGGCACGUCCGGAUCCGCUCCCUGAAGAUCGACGUGAACGCCGGGGUCAGCUCGUGGCAGAGCAUCGACGUGAAGCAGGUGGUGGCGGUGUGGCUGCGGCAGCCGGAGACCAACUGGGGCAUCGAGAUCAAGGCCUUCGACUCGCGGGGGAACGACCUGGCGGUGACCGCGGUGCAGGCCGGGGAGGACGGGCUGCUACCGUUCAUGGAGGUGAAGGUGUCUGAGGGCCCCCGGCGGGCCCGGAGAGACUCGGGUCUGGACUGCGAUGAGAACUCCCUGGAGUCCCGCUGCUGCCGCUACCCGUUCACCGUGGACUUCGAGGACUUUGGCUGGGACUGGAUUAUCGCCCCGAAGCGCUACAAGGCCAACUACUGCUCCGGGGAGUGCGAGUUCAUGCACCUGCAGAAGUACCCACACACCCACCUGGUGCACAAGGCCAAUCCCCGGGGGUCCGUGGGCCCCUGCUGCACCCCCACCAAGAUGUCCCCCAUCAACAUGCUCUACUUUAACCGCAUGGAGCAGAUAAUCUACGGUAAGAUCCCGGCCAUGGUGGUGGACCGCUGCGGCUGCGCCUGAGUCCGGGGCGCCGCGCCUCAACCCUUCAGACUCCAGACGCUUUCCUGCAGCCGCCUGAGGCCACAAGCAGGGCGGCGCUUUCACCACCAGCAUACUGUAGCUUUCUUUCUUCCAGUGAAACUUUAGCCGUCCCGACUCGAAGCCAGACGGGCGCGAGAACAGAACAAGGCCUGAUGGACCGUGAAGUGAAUGUAGACAGAAAGGAUCCAAGUUGAACCAAAAACAUUGAUUCCCCCCAAAGUUCCUGUCUCUCUUUUCUGUAUAAGGACUAAAGUUAGAGUCAAUUAUUAACAGCAAUAAUUUGGGUUAAUUAGCCUGACAGAGAAAAACAUGGAGUUUAAAUUUUCAGUCCCAUUUUUUCCAUGCUACUCAUGAAUGUCAGUUUCAAACUAAGCAUUUAGUUUGAAUCUAACUAUUUAGUUAACAAGCUAAAUUUAACUAUUUAGCUCCAAACUAAAUAUACAGCUCUGAGCUAGCUUAAUAUUUAGUUAGAUUGGAGCUACAUACAUUUUAGCUAGCUGAAUAGCUAGCUACCAAGCUAACUAUUUAGCUUGCUAACUAAAUAUUUACUUAGAAACUUUGACAUUUUUAUAUUUGGAUGAACAACACGGUGAAAAUGUGAGUUUGAAAAACGAACCCUCAUGUUUUUCUCAGAUUAUUGCUGUUAAUUUUUGACUGUAACUUUAAAUCCCGGACAGACUAACUAACACACUCGUUUCUACGCUUUGCUACGUUUGAGAACCAGUUUAGUCGUCUCUGACGUUUGGAGACCCGUUGGAGUCACAUUUCACCCCAACUGAGCCGCUAACAAUAAAACAUCCAGAAAAUGAACAAACCAAAGUAAAACAGUCUGGUUAGCAGCAUUGCCCCAUUAGUCAUGUCAAUAUUUAGCUAAACUCUCCCCAACAUGGCGGUUUGACUGGAGCAGAACCAGUUCAGGGUAAACCCAGCGGAGCGGUCCUGAUUGUAGCGUCGGCCCUGAACUGAAGGCGCAGUGAACUCCAGAUGUGAGUGACCCAGUUUGCACUAUGGCGCACCAAUAGGACGAGUUGGUGGCUACAAAGAGUUGUAAAAACUGAUUUUGAUAUGUUUGAUAAUUUGUAUUGUGUGCAGUUGUUUCCGCUGAUGGUGAGGGUAUAAAAACCACAAUGUAGCAAAUAAAACAUGUUAUACAGAAACUCUCAUUAUGUACUUGUUUCAACAAAUAAAGUCUGUAGCUUGUUUGUUGA